CACUGUAAACGGACUUCGGUUGGAUUAGAAAGAAAGCAGAAACUGUUGGAAUCGAUUUAUAGUUUAUAUAUUUAUUGUUUCCGUGAGGUUUUCCACAUGGCUGCGGCUCAGGGGCUGCCGAGGUGGGAGCCGACAGCGCGCAUCGUUUUGGGUCUUCUGGGUUUGGUUUUGUCGGUUUAUGCUCUUCAUGUGGAGCUUUCCCGAGAGAGAGACCCAGAUUACAGGGCAAUGUGCGACCUGGGGGAGUCCGUGAGCUGCUCCAAGGUUUUUACCUCCAGAUGGGGACGUGGUUUUGGUUUGGUCCAGCUCUUUGUGGCCAAAGACAGCGUUCUGAACCAGCCCAACAGCGUCCUCGGCAUCCUGUUUUACACUCUGCAGAUGGGCCUUGGAUUGUCUCUGUCUAAAAAGGCAGCCCUGGCCUUGGUCAUCUGCUCCUGGGUCUCUGUAGCCGGCUCGCUUUAUCUCGCAUCUAUUCUCGCCUUCGUUCUGGGAGAUUUCUGCAUGGUGUGUGUCUCAACGUAUGUCAUCAAUUUCGCGCUGCUCUACACCAACCUGAAGAGACAGAAAGCAAUCGAAGGAAUGAAGGAAAAGACUGGAUAGGAAAUUCAAUCUGUCGAGUGCAAUAUUUGUUUUAGAAUAAACUGGUUCAGUAUUUUACAAGUUCUGAUAAUUUUAGUAAUAAACAUUAUAUAAAUCAUAUUUCUAUGUAUUGUUUUUUUUUUAUUUGUGACACACUACAUGCUUUUCUUAACACUUUAUUGAAAUGAAAAUUAACAUUUGUUUUAGGCCAAACUGGUUCAUUUUAUUUGUUCUGAUGAUUUUUGUAAUAAAUAUUAAAUAAAAUGUAUGUUCAUAUAUUCUAUUUUUUCAUUUCUGAAACCCUUUACAUGUUUUUCUAAACACGUUAUGGUUUGAAAUGAUUUUUAACUUAUAAAGACGCAUAGGCUCCUUGGUGUAAUUACUCAGUUUCACCAGCAGAGGGAGAAUAUAUAUACCAAAAUAUCAGGUUUUGGUUCAGUGUCGCAAAAGCAGGUUUUGUUUUCUUGCUGACCUCAGCAUUUGUUUUACGCCAAACUAGAUCCGUUUUUUAAAUAUUCUAAAACUUUUAGUAAUAAACAUUAAAUAAAGCAUAUAUUUAGGUUUUCUAUUUAUGACAUUUAACAUGUUUGUCUAAGCCUUUUAUGGUUUGAUACGAUUUACGUAUAAAGUCACAUGGGAUCCUUUGUGUAAUUACACUGUUUUACCAGCAGAGGGAGACAAAUAUAAGCUUUUGUUUCAGGGUCGGUAAAGCAGGUUUUGUUUUCUUGAAUAGAAAAUUCAAUCUGCAGAGAUCAACAUUUAUUUUUAGACCAAAAUAGUCAAAAUUGUUAUAUAUUUUAAUAAUUUUAGUAAUAAACAUUGAAUAAAACAUAUAUUCGUAUUUCUAUAUUAUUUGUAAAACCCUUUACAUGGUUUUCUAAACGUUUUAUGGUUUGAAAUUAUUUUAAUCUUAUAAAUACAGAUAACUAAGUGAAUUCUCAGGCCUGGGUGUGGAUAGUGUAACUAAACUAAGAAAUGUGAUUUAUAUUUUGACAUAUAUAUUUUUUCUCUCUUCACAAAUAAAAUCUUCAUUUGAAAACCA